CCGCGUCUAAUUACACAGCUUGGAGACCUCUCCAGAACAUCCGGGAGGAUUGGCUUUGUAUCUACAUACCCGCCGGAUAGCACAAGGUUUGGGGCUUAUGUUGUACUGUUUCUAACUAAAGUACAUUUAACCAAUUUACCGCCGAUGAUAUUAGGCCUACCUCGUGAAUUUGAAGGGGGCAGGAAAUCGAAUAAUAAUAACUUCGUUGCAAUGGCAGAGUGGUAUCUACGAUGGCCUUCGCUUUCUUCGGGAAAGUUCUCGAGCGAAAUUGUUGAUGCACUCUCGGUUAUGAAGAGAAUAAUACUGUUUGCGUCUCUCGCCAAUUUGGUUUGAUCAAGGGAUUGCUUUUGGGGAAUUUUCGCUCCGGAGUUGGUGAGCUUCUCCAUCGCCGAGUGACUAAGGAUUUGAAGCUGCAACAGAAUCUGCCACCUUUUGGAGCCAGGACUCAUGAUAACCAUCUGACUUCCAGCCUCCGUCAUACUCUGACCUACCACAGAGAAAGCCGAGUUCCUCGACAGGGACCUCAUCUUUGACCUCAACCCAUCUCAUUUAAGUUAAUCUUGGAUAGCCGCCAUCAUUCUGUGCUGUAAAGGCGACCCCGAGAUGUCUUCCAACGGAGACCUGCGAGACGUCGGGAGCUGCGACAGCUUCUGGGAGCCGGGGCACUACAAGAGGACGGUGAAGCGUAUCGACGAUGGACACAAGCUGUGCAACGAGCUCGUCAGCUGCUUCGCGGAGCGGGCCAAGAUUGAGAAGGGCUAUUCCCAGCAGCUGAGUGACUGGGCCAAGAAGUGGAGGGGCGUGGUGGAGAAAGGGCCUCAGUAUGGCACCCUGGAGAAGGCGUGGCAUGCCUUCAUGAAUGCUGCUGAUAGGCUGAGUGAGAUCCACAUGGAGCUGAAGGAGCACCUGGCUGUGGAGGACAGCGACAAGGUCCGUAACUGGCAGAAAGAUGCCUUCCACAAGCAGAUGAUCGGAGGGUUCCGGGAGACAAAGGAGGCAGAGGAAGGUUUCCGCAAGGCACAAAAACCCUGGGUUCGGAAACUGAAAGACGUGGAGUCGUCUAAGAAGAGUUACCAGCAGGCCCGUAAAGAGGAGAAGACUGCUUUGACUCGCGAGACCCACGCCAAGGCGGACCCCACCAAGUCGCAGGAAGAGGUCCGCAAAUUUACAGACCGUGUUGAGAAAUGCAACCAGGAAGCAGAGAAGGCGAAGGAGCGCUACGAGAAGGCUUUGGAGGAGCUGAACCGCUGCAACCCACGCUACAUGGAGGACAUGGAGCAGGUGUUUGAGAUCACCCAGGAGGCCGAGAAGAACAGGCUGUGCUUCUUCAAGGAGGUCCUGCUGGACAUUCACAAACAUUUGGACCUCUCCAGCAAGGAUGGAUUCAAGGUCCUGUACCGUGACCUGGGCCAGGCCAUCACUGCAGCCAAUGACAGCGAAGAUCUGAGGUGGUGGAGAAACACCCAUGGACCUGGCAUGAGCAUGAACUGGCCACAGUUUGAGGAAUGGUCCCCUGAGUCAAACCGCUCCAUCUCCAAUCAGAAGGCGAGGAACAGCCGGGCGGAGGACGUGGUCACCCUGACCAACAUUGUCCCCUCAAGCGAGGAGGCACCCCAGACCCCUCAGGAGACUACCAGAGGGGUGAAAGACUACUCAUCAGACUGGUCUGACGAAGACAUCCCCAAAAAGGUCAUCGCCGCUAAUGGGUUAGAGAAGGAAGAGGAGAAGGUAGAAGGUGUACGAGUUAGAGCGUUGUAUGAUUACACUGGGCAGGAGGCGGAUGAGCUGAGCUUUAAAGCAGGUGAAGAGCUAAUGAAGAUGGGCGAGGAGGACGAGCAGGGCUGGUGCAAAGGGCAGCUGGCCAACGGAGAUGUGGGCCUUUACCCUGCUAACUACGUCCAGGUCGUCACAUCCUGAUGACCCGCCCCCUUCCUGGGUCCCCUCCAAAAAAUGCAGCCAAUGGUACCACAGAGUACAGACAUCAUGAGAAUUACUGACGGCAACACCAGCGCAGACAGUCCCCCAGAAGACUGGAUGUGCUUGUUGUAUUUGUCGAGACAGCUGUUGCUCUUAAUUUCAAGAAUAAUGAAACCGGAAUACAGUCCAAAUGUAAAACUGUUUCCUUAACUACUAGAGGAUUAAUAACAAGAAUGGAGGUCAUUAUCCCGUGGACUUUAUCCUCUGUGAGAAAUAACCAGUACAGUAGUGCCUUUUGCAAAGGAUACCAGGGAAGGAUGUUUGCAGAGCUCUCUGUCAUGUGACUGGCAGCAUUCGGCAGUGGUUUAGGCUGGGUGACUAUAUGAGCGACCCCUGGAGGACAGGAUGGUACACAGCAAGUUAACUGAUCACGAGAGGGUGCCUCUGCAAGGAUGCAGAAACGAUCUCACGCUUCAGUUGUGCAUCAACUUUUGACAUUUCACUAGCUUUCACUCGAGGCACAAUUCAAGUAUUUAUUAAGAUGAGAUGGUAUGCACAGUUUUUCACCUAUUACUCGCGGUUUCUUUACAAUGUGUUGUGUACUUCACAUGUUGCUUUUCCCUAAUGUUUAGUAUGUAAAAGUACGUAGAUACCCUUAUCAAUAUUAUAUGUAUGUUUGGGAUAGUUAGAUUAAGGUUACAAUGCAUUCAAACCCACAUUGGUUCGAUGUGCUUGCUUUUUCUCUCUCAGUCAAAUAGCCAUACUUGUGUGAUAUGAGGGAUAUGAGAGUAAUUCCGUAUCGCAAAUUUUUACCUCUAGUUUUAUUAGCAUUUUAAUUUAUUUUUCUUGUUUAAAUCAUUUUAAUAUUUUUUUUUUGCAUAUGAACUAAACCAACUAAACCAGGGAGACUAAGACUUGUAUACGUUUAUUUAAACCUGUGGGAAGAAGUGAGAUGCAGGUGUGUACAGCUAUGAGACUGUUUUGAGGGCAAUGUAAACAUGUCUGUCUCCACUGCUGUGAGCUCACUGUGAACGUGGUUUUACAUGAAACUACUAACGAGCAACAAGCUAAUCUAUGUACAAUUCAGAAAUAAACCAUUUAAAAUCCGA